AUAAACCUGGUUGGUGCAGGUGAGCGCUGUGAGGAGGAGUACACCUGGCGCGCCGGCAGGUGGCGGUAAAGAGCCUUGGGUUUGCUGAAGGCAUGAAGAAGAGAGCGAACUUCAGUAGCAGGUUACUUUUGACAAUGCACUGGAAGGCUACAGAUGUGUUUGGUGGCUGGCAGCAGUGACCAUGCUGUGUUUCCGUAUUCUGUUCUUGGUGGUACUCCUCACUCAGGUCCAAGAAUCCAUCCAGGCCUCUGAGGAAUUCUCUGUGCCUGAUGAAUGGAUCCUGCUUCAUGUUGUUCAAGGCCACAUUGGUGCAGGCAACUACAGCUACCUGCGCCUCAACCAUGACGGACGCAUCAUCCUGCACAUGGUCAGCCUCAAAGGCGAUGCCGACCUCUACGUCUCUGACAAGACGCUGCGCCCGGACUUCGAUACCUAUAAGCUCCAGUCAGCCACCUGCGGCCACGAUGUGGUUGUGGUUCCAGGCGAAUUUGUUAGACCGGUGGGCAUCGGGAUCUAUGGGCACCCCUCUCACCUGGAGAGCGAGUUUGAGAUGAGGGUGUUUUACGAUCAGACUGCUUUAACCGAGGACCUGUUUCAAAUGGAUUCUUAUUCUCCAGAGCAGAAUCCUGAACAACCCAAAUACCCACAGCCGGGCACUGGGGAGGAAUUUGAGGAGGAGGAGCCCAUUCUGUGGACCAUUCUCAUCGGGAUCCUAAAGAUAAUACUUGAAAUUUUGUUUUGAUCAUUGAUGUGAUUAGGAUUAGAAUCUUAGAAAAGAGCAAUGAAAUAUGUGGCCAAAGUAACACAAGCACUGGAGGAAAUUUUGCUUUUGGUAAACAGGUUCAAUUUUUUAUCUAGAUCUAAUCUUUGGGCCUUAACUGUCUUAACAGUCCCUGAAAAUAUAGUCUGUACUCAUGAUGUCAUGUUUUGCUCACAUGCAAAUGGCAGUUUUACUGACAAUGUAAGUGAUUGCUUCCCUACAGUUUGUUUGAUUGUAACUCAUUUUCAGUUGCAUUGCUAAUGUAUUAUAUAUAUAAUCAUUUUGAAUCUGCUGAGGUUCUGAGCCCUAUGCAAUCACCCAAAUCAGCUUUUGGAAAAAAUAACAACUGUGCCUUUUGUCAGAGUCCUUUCCUCAAGAAAUGGAGAGGCAUGAUAUGAUGCAACCAUAACAUUUGUAACAUUUUCAAAUAAAGUCAGUCACUUGGGCAAACUGCA